AUGAACAAGUCACGUUAUCUUGGAGAUAUCCAGAUUCUCGAGAAAUUACACUCUACAGAAACCUCCGAGAUAUUUCGGGUUGUGUUUCAUAAAAUUGAAUAUUGCCUAAAAGUGUUCCAUAUAGGCGACGAUCCAGGUCUCGCUGGAGAUGGUAGAGAUCUCUGCCGAUAUCGUUGCGAGUCUCAGGCGUAUCAAGCUCUACAUAUCCACGGUGCCUGUAGGCUAGGGACUGUACCGUACUUUUAUGGCCUAUUUGAUUCAUUUGAUCCCGAGGUGCUCCGCCCCGAAUUUGAUUGGUUUAAAAACGACAAGUUCUUUCCAUGCGCGAUUCUGCUGGAGUAUCUGCCGAAUGCUAUAAGCUUCAAGAGCGCUAGUCUUGCCCCAGAAUCCGUCAGUAUGGCAGUUGACGGUUUGAAGACAAUACACAACACCGGUGUCAUUCACAAUGAUGCACUUCCGAAAAAUGUUCUGAUUGUCCCCGGAACAGCAUCUCAACGCGUGGUUUGGAUAGAUUUCGAUAUAUCUAUCGUAUUCUCAGCAAAAGGUACUCGAGGGCUGCUUAAUCUCAACGAUGAAGCCGAAUGGGAAGUACGCUUUUUUGAGAGUCGUGUUCGUAAAUGGUAGGUAGUUGCCC